AUGAUGAAUCCGGCCCAAGACGAGUCGGAGCCGCGAUCGCGGACAUGGCAAUUCUCAAAGACCAAAAUGUGCAAAUUCAAUCUGGUUGGUAUGUGUAUGAAAGGCAGCCAAUGCCCGUUUGCGCAUCAGAAGGGCGAACUACGGGCGUUGCCAGAUCUGACAUGCACGAAGCUCUGCAAAACACUUAUCCAGACAGGCACCUGCGAUGAUGCAAAAUGCACCUAUGCUCACAGCAAAGACGAGCUGAGAGCCACCAGCACUUUUCACAAGACCAAGCUGUGCCGGUUUUCCCAGAUGGGUCAUUGCGCGCUCGGGUCGAAGUGCAAUUUUGCACACUCCGACGAGGAGCUUCGGCCUUUGGACACCGCGAGCCUGCCGCAGCCGCCGUCGCCAUCAAGUCCGACUCCGGAGGAGUCACUGAGACGAUCGGAAUUCCAAGCUGCGCCGCGCGUUCCAAAGGCCCAAGCUGCGGCACCCGCGGCUCAGCAGGCCAAGCCUGUUCAAGCUCCGAGGAAACCGCAGAUGCAACAAAUUGUGCUGCAGCAGCAGCAGCAGCAACUUCAACAUCAACAGCAUCAGCUUCAUCAGCAGCAGUUGCAGCAGCAAUUGCAGCUUCAACAGCAGCAGCUUCAGCAGCAGCAGCAGGAAAUCUUGGAGCACCAGCAGCAGAACAAGAUGUUGACACUGGCCUUGCAGCAGCAGCUGGCACUUGCCAGUACCACUUUUGGCUCCUUCGGCCUCUUGAAGGGGCUCCAGCCCUUCCAAGUUGCGACACUGCCAGUGUCAGACGACUUCGUUGACGUUCCACUGGCAACUCACAGUCCUCCCGACGUGCCAGAAGAUGCAAAGGUUGCUCCGCCAAAGCGCCGCGGUGGCCGGCGGGGGAAGGGACGAAGCUUGUCCAAAGGCGAGUUCGGAGACUUCAGUUUGGAGGUGGUUCAGAAAGUUGAGGAGCGCCUGUCAGCGCUUGGCAACUGCAUCGCCUGCAACGACUAUGUAGCGCUGGUUCACACAGAUCUGGAUCGUGAGACUGAAGAAGUUAUUGCAGACACGCUGAAGGUUGAUGUGUUCCGAGCAACCGUUGCGCAGAAUGUUCUCGUCGGGAGCUACUGUGUGUUGACAAACCAGGGUGGUCUCGUACACGCGCGGACGCCCAUGCAAGACAUGGAGGAGCUCUCGCAACUCAUCCAGGUGCCGUUAACUGCUGGCACUGUAAACCGUGGCUCGGACAUCAUUGGUGCCGGUGUCGUUGCAAACGACUGGGCUGCCUUUUGCGGCAUGGACACGACCGCGAUGGAGAUUGGGGUCUUAGAGAGCAUCUUCAAGCUGCAAAGUGCAGGUGCAGGAAUGCAGAGCGCCCUUAUCGACACAAUCAUGUCGUGA